AUGGAGGACGACGCCAACUUCCAGCUUGACCCAUGGGAACUCCCACCCUACUUCCUCUUGAGAAAGAACAAGUGGAAGAGCCUGCGGACGCACUCUGGGUACUGGAAAGAGAGAGAAGAUGAGUUCAUCGCCAUCCGUUCUGGAGAUGAUUCCUCCUCCUCCUGUUCCCCCUCUUACCACGGGGUUAGGAGGACCCUCGAGUUUUACCUCAACGACGGCACCGGCGGAGAAGGCACCAAGACGGACUGGCUCAUCCACGACUACCAGCACCUUCGCAAGGACGAGGCCGGAGCAGCCUUGUUGCUCGAGGAGGAUGUGGUGCUUCGUAAGGUAUUCAUGAAAGACAAUGUUUGGAAGCACUUCACCAAGAUACGUACUAAUGAUCCUGAUGUGGUGUACGCGGCGUGCCACCACUGUGACAAAGUUCUCAGGGCUCAUCCCAAGAAACAGGGCACUUCUCGGCUUCCAAGGCACAGGAACAGUGCCAAAUGCCGCUCAAGCUGCAACAAUCCUUCGACCGAUGAGGACCGUGAAAUGCUGCACCGCCUCCGUACAGUGCUUGAUCCGUACAACCAACAGAAGAUAGAAGGGAAGCUCGAGUGUCAAGAGGUGAACGCCAACCUCACCCAGCUGAACCCAUGGGUUCUCGGCAACAACGCCUGCUACGUCACGACCUCAUUGAACUGGCAGACAAAUGAAGGGUGCUGGGAGGAGAUAGAUAAGGAGUUCACUGCGAUCCGGACGGAACAGCAACAAAUGCAGGGGUUCUGGAAGGAUAUAGAUAAUGUGUUCACUGCUAUCCAAAUCGAUUAUCAGAUGCAAAUGCAGGUGCCACAGUACAUGGGGCUGAGGAGGACCCUAGAGUUUCAUCUCAAUCAGAACGGCAACAUGCUUAAGACGGCCUGGAUCAUGCUCGAAUUCAAACAGGGGGACAUGGUAAUUCGCAAGGUAUUCCGCUAUGACAAAGAUGCGGUCACCGCUAUUUUCAGUGACUUGGACAGGAGACUGAAUGGUGACAAUGACACUAUAGGGUACUACAACGGUGAAGGCGUAAACAUGGACUCUACCCUAUCCAGUGAUUACAUGCACGGUAAGAGUGAUACCAGGGGCAAGAGAACUGCUGCUUCCAACGGCAAAUCAGAAGUUUGGAUGCACUUCACCAAGGUUUACAGCGCAGAUCGUGGCGUGGUUUAUGCAGUGUGCCACGUCUGUGAUAGGGGGUACAAUGGUCACUCUAAGAAUGGCACCUCUCACCUAUGGAGGCAUAAUAAGAGCUGCGCAAACAAGUGCUGCAGGACAGAAAAUGCAAAUGACGCCACUACUGAAUGGGAAGCAGAAAUCUGGCCACUGUUCCUAGUCUGGAAGAACUAUGGAGGUCGUGACUUGUGUUCAUUUCAAAUCAAGGACAUCUUCAGUUUAUUUUUAAGCAUCAGCCAUCAGGGACGUGCUGAAGCUAGGAGCACUGAAGAUGGGCCCGGCUGGUUGAUGAUAGGUGGAGUGGUGGGAUAUAAUAUCUUUGAAUGUCAGAGAGAAAUGGAGGUUGAUUUUAGAGAAUAG